GAAACAUUAGAAAGAGCUACUUGCAUUCACUGAGCUGGGAAGUAGUAGCACACAUCUCCGUGGGCACUGAACGGAGAGCAGAGGAGGUUAUUUGCCUAUAAGGACAACAGAUUAACAAUGGAACCAUCAAAAAAAUAUCUAUUCGAGUACAAAGGGUAUUAUUUUGGUGUAGAAACUACACCUGAGUAUGUAGCUUCCCUAGAGGAUUUUGAAAUCUAUGACAGUGACAUAUUUAUAACAACUUACCCCAAAUCAGGAACUGUGUGGACUCAGAACAUUUUGAGCUUAAUAAUUCAUGAAGGCCACCGUAAUGGAACAGAAAAUAUGGAGACCAUGGACAGAGUCCCAUGGCUGGAAUACAAUUUAAAACAAAGGGAUUAUACAAAACUUCCUUUGCCUCGUGUUCUUGCCACCCACCUGCCUUACUACCUAGUUCCAAGAGACCUGAAAAACAAAAGAGGACGUGUUAUUUAUGUGACCAGGAACCCUAAGGAUGUUAUGGUUUCUUACUACCACUUCUCCAAAUUCAUGAAAACACUAGAGGAAAUACCAGAUUUUAACCUUUUUAUGGAGAGAUUUUUAGCUGGCAAAGUACUUGGCAGUUCGUGGUUUGAUCACGUUGCAGGCUGGUACAGUCAUGCAGAGGAUUUCAACAUACUCUUCCUUACCUAUGAAGAAAUGAAAAAGGAUCUCAGAAGUGCUGUGCUGAAGAUCUGCAAUUUUGUGGGCAAGAAGCUGAGUGAAGAAGAAGUGGACAGUGUUGUGAGACAGGCUACAUUUGAGAACAUGAGAAAAGAUCCCAGGGCAAACUAUGAGAACCUGCCAGAUGAAUGGGUAUCAAAAGACAAGGGUAGAUUCCUAAGAAAAGGCACUGUUGGAGACUGGAAAAACACAAUGACAGUGGCACAGAGUGAAAGGUUUGAUGAAGUUUUUAAAGAGAAGAUUAAGACCCUGCCCAUCAAAUUUGUCUGGGAUACUGAUGAAAUGUAGGCUGGUUCUGAGUUUCAUAAUCCUUUGGUGUUUGUACUGGAUGGACAUGUGUGAAGUUCUGGAAGAAGAAAACACAUAUAUUUUCAGCUAUAUUCUAGAAAUAAUAACAAUGAUAACUCCAUCACAUAAUGCAAGUUGUCUGAGGAAGCUAUUAAAUCCCACCAGUUUCCUGUUGGUAAUUUCAUGGGGUAUUUUAAGUAUUUAAUUAACUAUCUUAGUAAACUGACUUGCUUUCUUCAUGUUUGCUUAGACUGUUAUUCACUUCAAUAAUACCAGAGUUACAGACAACCAAGUGAGGAUAGAUUGGUGUGGCUGAAAGCUUCCUGAAAAAUGUUUCCCUGGUGCAUUUUGUGAAGCUUCUUUUGGUAGAACCUUCAAUGUCCAGACUGGAAGUAAGCUUGACCAGCUGUGGUGUGGUUAUGCUUUGAUAUGUUUGAGUUCCUUUUUUAUUUGGUAUGCACCAAUACUCAACCCUUUGCUAUUAAAGUGACCUUUGUGUUCCA